GCCGGCCGGCUCUCUUCCUCACGCCGCCAUCUCAGUAUCUCACCUCACAUUGGUUGAUUCCUCUCUCUUCCGUCCUUCACUCUGUCCAUCAGCAGAUUUCGAUCAGCGUUUUGGUUUUGUGGGCAUCAGCAAGUUUUUUUAUCUGCCUUUUCUUUUCGGUUUGUUUUUGGUUCUAUGACUCUGAUGGUGGAUUUGAGUUGCAUAUUGUCGGGUUGAGGACUGUGAAGAUUGUAUCUAUUGGUCUCGUUCGUCGUAACUGGCAUCUGUUUGCCUUGCCGACCAUCCUGAUAUAUCACCACCCAUAUUCCGAGUCCUCUACUCAGCCGCAAUCACUACCUAGUACCCAUCGAGAUUUUAUUUUGUUUGUUCUGCAUUUUUUUUCUCAGAUCUGUUGGGUUUUCUGACCGAUGAUUAAAUUAAAAAAAUAGACAAGCAUAUGUCUGAAUCCUUCUGUGUGGAAAAGCCUAAUCUUCUCUAUGAGGUCAACUAGAUCUUUUAGUCUUUGUCUUUAUUUUUUAUUUUUUUGGAUUUACUUGGGUUUUGAUUCCAUUGGGGCCUAGGAUUAACCAUUUGGAUGUUAUAUUUGUAUGAUAUAUUUGUGAUUACAACACCAUUACUGCCUUCCUUCUGAGGCCUCUUUACGUUUGUAUCUUCUGGAAUUCAUGUUUUUUUUGUUCAAUCUAUAUUCUCUAAGUUCGCGGAGAUUGAUUUGUGCUGUAAGGUCGGGUGAUGAGUACCAGUGCAUAGUUCAGAUGAUCUAACCCUAGUGGUUGUGAUUACUUCGAAUAAAUAGUCUUUCGCUCCUAACUGACGACCAUAUCAAAACCCAAUCUCUGGACUUUGGUGAAGCUCAAUUUUUUUUGCCAGUUUUGUUCUUUAUAUUUUCUUUCAUGCUUAAAUUUUAGUAUACUUUCAUGGAAUGAUAUAUUUUUAUGCAUGGGCCGAGGGGUUUUUUUACUGCCUAAUUCAUUGUCGUCCAGGAUUUACUCGAGCUGUUCUGAUCUCUCUAUUUUAAAAGAGCUUUUCUCAUUGUGGAGUCUAAGAUGAUGUUGAAGAUUUCGAACCUGUAAUCAGUUUGAAUUUUUGAAGUUAAAGUCUGAUAGAUGCUGCCCCUAGCAGUAAGGAAGAUUUAAAAUUUGUAAUUACGUUGUGAAAGGAAGAUGCAGUAGCAUUGAAUUUAUUCCUUAGCUUGCCCUGUAAAUAUCGUUCGAAGGAUUUAUUAGGCUCUUGAUCAAAAACGUUCGUUCAUUUUAAUGAUGUUUGAUCACCUGAUGUACUACAAAAUUGUUUAUACGAAACAAAUGUAAAUGUUCUAAUUAACCAAGUUCAAAUUCGUAUGAUUCAAAGUGAAAUAUUUGUAUGUUGAGAUAUCAUUUGUGCAGAGGUUUUCUGUUGUUGCGUGAGCGAAGAUGGAAAAGCAUCAGCCGAAGCCGUGAGCCUACUGUCCGGGGGGCUGCUGGGGUCACGCCACAGACUUCACCCACUCCAAAUUUUAUGUUAUUAGGUCUAAUUUUUUUUAUGUCAAAUUUUAUGUUAUUGGGUCUAAAAUUUGACUAUAGUCAAAUUUAUUUUAGAAUAAAUUUAUUUUAUUUCGAAAUAUUUUUUAAUUAUUCUAGUAACUAGUAAUAAAAAAAUUGUUUGGAAAUAUUUUUUAAAAAACAAUAAAAAUAAUUAUUAAACUUUGUGUGAUGGUUUGAUUCUUUUAUUAGCCCAAGCCCAGAUCGGAAAUGCCUGGGCACGAGCUACGCGUUCUGUUCUCUUCGGCCCAUUUAGCAAGCCCGGAUUGGAAAUGCCUCGUCCCGAGCUACGCGUUCUGUUGUCUCUAUGGCCCAUUUUACCUGGACGAUAUCACUGAAUGAGACUGGUUAUUGGUUUAGCUCAACCCCGCUCUGGUCAAACCCCGAUCGACGUUGUUUGGUUAUGGUAGAAUGUACACCAACCGAUGUAUCCUGUCUAUAGUCUCAGCAAUAAAGACUAAGUUGGCUCGUUAGUCGUUUAAUCUAGAUUUACUUAGUUAAGCUCAGUCUUCGUUUCUAAAACAAUCUGGGUGAGCCCCUACUUUCUCGCGGCAUGCAUAGUUGAGCUCAGCUAGUGGCUUCCCCACCCCGCGUCUCCAAUUCGUAAGCCGGUAGGCGUUUCGGUAUAUCGCCUGCCGAGCUUCGGAAGAGGUAAAAACAAACAGUAUCCGGGGUGGACGGGGCAGUUGAGCUGCAACCACGCUCAUGCAGCGGUGGUUGGGUUGCGGUCGCUGGCCUUCCCUCACCUCGCCGUCGCCGCGCUCCGUUCCUCCGGUCUCCCGUGUAUCGCGCCCAACGCCUCACCUUCCGGCGUCCUCCCCCUCACACGCGCGCACCCGCCAGUCCCAGCUACCGCGCAGCCGCGCCCCCCUAUUCCCUUACAUUAUCCAUCCAUCCCGCGGCCCACCUCGAGCUCCUCACGUGACCUCGUGUGCAAGUGCGGCCGAUGGAAGACUCGCCGCAAGGAGGCAGCAGCCAGCAGCAGCCGGAACCCCAGCUGCUGCCUGCUCCUGCUAGGUUGCUCGCCUCGGCCUCGCAGGUGCCGCAGCUGGACUGGGCGUCGCUGCUCCUCCCGCGCGUGCCGGGGUCGUUGCACGAUGUUGGGGCGAUGUCGUCGCAGCAGCAGGAGAUGGCAGGGGCUAGUGGUUGUAGCAGCAGUACAGCAGGGGAUGGCGACGGGGAGACGGAAGCUGGGGAGAAGAGCGGCGGCGGGACGAAGGGGGAUAAGAAGAAGACGAAGAAGAAGAAGGUGAGCCGGCCGCGGUUCGCGUUCCAGACGCGGAGCGAGAACGACAUCCUCGACGACGGCUACCGGUGGAGGAAGUACGGCCAGAAAUCCGUCAAGAACAGCGCCUAUCCCAGGAGCUACUACCGGUGCACGCACCACACGUGCAACGUGAAGAAGCAGGUGCAGCGGCUGGCCAGGGACACGAGCAUCGUGGUGACCACGUACGAGGGCGUGCACAACCACCCCUGCGAGAAGCUCAUGGAGGCACUCAGCCCCAUCCUCAAGCAGCUCCAGCUCCUCUCCCAGCUACAGUGCAGCACCAAUCAGCUCAUCUGAUGAGCUAGUACUAUUCAUCUGACGCAGAUGACAGCGUGCAUAUAUAUAGUCAGCGCGAACUAAUGCAGAUUAAUUUAAUUAUUGCCCCAAGUGUACAAAUAAAAGUAAAAACACGAUCUAGAUCGGGAAGAGAAGGAAAUAGUAGACUGUCCUACCUCCCAGAUACAAAUUAAAUGUGUUCCUUCUUGUUUCAUGCAUGUAUCAAAAAAACUUGUGUGUAGGCACUGAUGCA